AAAAAAGACAGUUAAACGUUUAUGAAAUUACAAAAAUUGCCACUCAUUCUAUAUCUAUCACGAUACAGCUCUCGCUCUCUCUCAUAUCUCUUUCAGAUCCAUUUCUCCCCAAAAUCAAAACCCCUCUUCCAUUUUUGCAGCUAAGCAACAAUUUAGAGUAGCAAAUCGAGGCUCCGAUGGUGAAGUAGCCGGUGAGGUGACGCGGCGAAGCGAGGCGGCAAAGCAAGGCAGCGAGGCGAUUGGCGAAGCGAGGCGGCGAAGCAAGGAGUCGAAGCGAGUGGCGAGGCGGCGAAUCGAGGCGGUGAAGCAAAUUUUCAGGGAGAUGAAACUACAGAUCAAGCUGGGAGUGCCUCAUAUACUACAACAGUCGCUUGAUGUCGAGAAGGUCAAAUCAGUCUUUUAAUAGAAACGUGCAGCCUUACCAGUUCAUCCUUCCCCCGACAUGGAAACAGACACGCGUAGCAAACAUAUUAUCUGGUAAUUACUGCCAGCCAAAAUGUGUAGAGCCAUGGGUGGAGGUGAAAUUUGAAGAUGAAAAACAAGGAAAGCUUCAGGUUGUGGCUUCACCUUUGAUACGCCUGACCAAUAAGCCAAAUGCAUCUAUUGAAGAUAUUGGCAACCCUGAGAAGCUGAUUGCUUCUCUUGGACCUUUUGUAACUGGGAACACCUAUGAUCCUGAUGAGCUCCUUGAGACCAAAGUUGAAAAACGUGGCGAUCUCACGGUUCCCACAAUCUUGCAAAGGCCACAGCUAAGGGGAACACUGUUGUCUUAUUUGUGGUUAGCGCAAAUGACAAGCAGUGGCAAUCAUCUCAGAAGAUUCUAAAGGCCAUACUUGAUUCUUUUCAGGUGUAGUUAGUUCUUUUGCAUCAUUGCUGAAUGAGAGCUGAAGUUUGAUACUCUGAAAAUUACUUCACGCGAUCGAGUUGAAAGUCUUGAUUUGCUAGUACGUCAGAGCGGAGAUGGCUCUACUAAGGUUUAUAUUACAUCGAGGGCUUGUAAUAAAAUAGACGGUUUAUAUUUACUGAAUAUCAUAAGUUUUUUAUUUUUUAUAUUUUUUUUUA